AUGUUCGAAUCAUUUAUUUCAGUAGUGUUGGCGGUUUUGGAGAAUACCAGUAGUGAUAUCGUGGAUAAACCUAUCCUUGACACUCGUCCAGAAAAUGUGACAGUUUUGGCGGGUGAGACGGCGACCUUACCUUGCCAGGUGGAUAGCCUUGGUAAGAAGUAUAAGGUGGUAUGGAUGAGUCCGAAGAUGAUAUUGAUAUCAAAUGGAGAUCGCCGGUUAAUGGACGACGACCGGAUGUCAGUAGAGCGUCCAUAUGACCCUGAUUGGAAUCUCCAUAUCCGGAAGGUUCGAUAUGACGACAGGGGCAUGUACCGGUGUACUCUCAACACAAAUCCUGUUAGUGUCAAAUCAGUACACCUCAGGGUCGACGUGGCACCAGACAUUAACGAGGAAUGGUCUAGUGGUAACCAGGUGGUGAACGAAGGAAGUACAGUGGAGUUACACUGUAAUGCCUCUGGAGUUCCAACGCCAAACAUACGAUGGUACCGGAAGACCAAGUACACGUCUACUAUGGAAAAAGAACCGAUCGGUACCCCCGGGGAGAUUCUCUUUAUACAUAAUAUAACUCGGUAUUGUGACGGGAUCUACGAAUGUGUGGCGUCUAAUGGAGUGGCCGAGGAUGAGUCGAAAGAGAUCAAAGUCGACGUCCAGUUUAAACCGGAAGUCCGACUGCUGAAUUCACGAUUGGGACAUUACGUGGGAAAAGAAACCAUUUUAAGCUGUGUUAUAUCGGCCUCGCCACAAGCCGAAGUUUUCUGGAGGAAGGGAGAUAAAAAAUUAGUGACCGAAUACGGCAAAUAUCGCUCUGAUGUAUUUCACGAUCGUCCCCAUACCCUGACCCUCAAUUUACAGUUUCACAACCUGCAGAAAGACGACUUCGGAAACUACACAUGUGAAGCUUAUAACAAACUGGGAGGAGAUAGUGAAAACAUGCUUUUAUACGAGUAUCCAGUAUUAAAGGCAGAGGUUCCCACGAGUACUAUUCCACCAGGGAAGGAGAAUAUGCGCGGGGGUAGCGGAGCGGGUACGACCACGACUUUCCCACGUUUUCAUAACCAAAUCACAGCAUAUAAUAAAUACAAUCCAAACGGUCCUGUGGAAAUGGAAUUCAAUGGCGCUGCUGGCUAUUUCACGGGAGCUUCACCAGUAUUACUUCGUGUUUACACAUGGACCUUUUGCCUAGUUGUUUACAAUCUAUGUUCAUUUACGUGA